AUGGUAAAAAAGUUUAUACCAUAUUUCAGGGAUGUUAUUAAUGAAGGAAAUAUUUUUGAAAUACAAAAUAUUUACGAAAAUUCUUUUCCCAAAUUAUCAUUACAAUAUUUUGAAAAUAGGCCUUGGCCAGAUGAGCAUGAAGUUGCUCCUCUCGUUGACAACGAUACUAAUUUUCUAAUUCUUUACAAGGAAUUAUAUUACCGCCAUAUUUAUGCCAGAAGUUCUUGUGACCCUACAUGCAACAGAGAUUUGGUUCUUUUUACAAUUAUUGUGACUUGUUUAAUUAUAUUUUGGGUAUGUGCAAGUGGGCCAAUCCCGUUAGAAUUACCUGAUCAAUGGCUUUGGGAACUUGUCGAUGAAUUUGUUUAUCAAUUUCAAUCAUAUGCACAAUACAGAGCAAGAUUAUCAACUAAAUCUCCAAGUGAAAUUGAAACAUUAAAUCAAAAAAAUGAAGUUUGGAAUGUGUUAUGUGUAUUAAAUGUACUUCAUUCCCUCGUCGAUAAAUCCAACAUCAAAAGGCAGCUCGAAGUUUAUGCCAGCGGAGGUGAUCCAGAUUCAGUUGCUGGAGAUUUUGGAAGGCAUUCUUUAUACAAAAUGCUCGGUUAUUUCAGUCUUGUAGGGUUAUUAAGACUUCAUUCGAUAUUAGGUGAUUACUAUCAAGCGAUAAAGGUUUUGGAAAAUAUUGAAUUACAUAAUAAAAAGAGUCAGUAUUCGCAUGUUCCGGCUUGUCAGAUAUCAACUUCUUAUUACGUUGGUUUUGCUUACUUAAUGAUGCGUCGAUAUUCGGAUGCCAUUAGGACGUUCAGUUCAAUUCUUUUGUAUAUACAACGCACUAAACAACUCUUUCAAACCAGGACUUAUCAAAAUGAUCAGAUAAAUAAGCAAGCCGAUCAAAUGUAUCAUUUGCUUGCUAUUUGUUUAGUAUUACAUCCUCAAUGCGUAGAUGAAAGCAUACAACAAGUUUUAAGAGAAAAACAAUAUAAUGAAAAAAUGUAUAAGAUGCAAUGCGGAGAUUUAACCGAAUUCGAAUCCUGUUUUGUAUUCGCUUGUCCGAAAUUUCUCUCUCCGUCUCCUCCUCCACCCGAUGCACCCAAUGAAGAUUACGUCAAAGAAGCCAUCAAUCAUCAAACUCAUGUUUUCAUGGAAGAAGUUUGUCAACAAAAAAUGUUGCCCACAAUCAGAAGUUAUUUGAAACUCUACACAACUCUACCGUUGUCAAAGCUUGCAAAUUUUAUGAGUCGUCAGGGAGAGAAUAAAUCCGAAUUGGAAAAAGAAAUUAAAACUCUGUGCAUCCACCUUCUCUGUUUCAAACAUAAAAUGAAAAAUGUCGUUUGGACAAAAGGAACAUCGGGUUUAGAUGGAAAAUUUCAAUCUGGAUCUGAGCUUGAUUUUUACAUCGAUAACGAUAUGAUUCAUAUAGCAGAUACAAAGUAG